CUACUCGUAUGAUGAUGGUUUAAUAAUUGUCAGGCGAACCUACCGGUAUGAUAUCGGUCGGAUAAUACCAAUGUUUUGGGAGGAUCAAUUGCACUUAUAUAUCGGAAUCGAGCUGUUGGAUCGGGUUCGCGGUGUGCAUGUGCAGUUUUUAUUGCGGGAAAAGUGCAGGGAAUUUUUCAUUGUCGCUGGCGGGACACCCGCGCUCGUUUUCGUGGUCCGAUCGUGGGAUCUCUUCCCGCCCAAGUUGGACUAACUUCCGCUUCCACCCGGAUGCCUCUGGAAAAACCACACUGCACAAUACUCUGCUUUCAGUAGUUCUGGGUACGUACAGUACACUACGUCUACGCCCCCAUUACCUUACCUUACCUUACCUUACCUAAGAUUCCUCAAACCUACCCCAACAACCCCCAGACCACACACACCAUGUCGGAAUCAUUCUACGCCCGGGCCACCGAAUCAGCGAAUCAUGUCCGUAACCUCCUCCCGGAGGAAUUGAAGAAUCCCCAUGUGGGCAUCGUUUGUGGAUCAGGGCUUGGAGGUUUGGCUGGGAUGCUGGACCAGGAAGAAUUGUUCGAGCUUUCGUAUAAGAGCAUUCCCCAUUUCCCGCAUUCGACUGCUGUCGGCCAUGCUGGUAAGUUUGUCUUUGGGCUUUUGGGGGAGAAGAAGACUCCUGUGGUGGUUAUGGUGGGCAGGGUACACUACUUUGAAGGUCACUCCAUAGAGAAGGUUACCUUUCCUAUGAGGGUUAUGAAGUUGCUUGGGAUUCAUACUGUUAUUGUUACGAAUGCUGCUGGGGGGCUCAAUAGUGAAUUCUCCGUGGGAGAUAUUAUGGUUUUAAACGAUCAUAUCAACUUCCCUGGGCUCGCCGGUCAACACCCCCUCCGAGGACCCAACGAGGAGGAAUUUGGCACUAGGUUUCCCCGAUUGUCCGAAGCCUAUGACCUGUCGCUGCGAAAACAAAUCCACCUUAGCUACAAGAAACUGCGAUUGACAUCUGAAAAGCGAAAAAUUCACGAAGGUGUCUAUGUAUUCGUUUCCGGGCCGAGUUUCGAGACUCGCGCCGAGUGCCGUUUUUUACGGGCUCUCGGAGCGGAUGUCGUGGGAAUGUCCACCGUUCCCGAGAUUGUCGUUGCGAGGCAUUGUGGGAUAAGGGUUCUGGCCAUGAGUCUUGUUACAAAUCGUGCUGUUCUCGAGCCUGGCCCAAGGGGUGACUCUUCGAUCAUUGAGGAUAUGGGUGAAGAAGGCUUGAAGGCUAUUUCGGAGGCGGGGGCAGCUAAUCAUGAGGAGGUUCUCGAGGCAGGUGCUGCAGCUGCGAAAGACUUGCAGGGACUCUCAAUCACCUUUCGGUGCUCCAAUCCUGGUAGCAGGAGCUAG